UCCAGAAGGUCUCGCUCUCUCUUUGCUCAAAUCACAGGAAAUCGGAAGACCACACACUGGAGUUACAGUUUAGAGGAAGAAGACGCACUCUCUCUCUCUCUCUCUCUCUCCACCAAAUCGGAAUCAAAAUCGGAACGGAAAUGAGCGAGGAGGCAAAGAGACUCGGCGCCGGAGCUCUCGUAGUCUCCGGCGAUCGGAAGCCAUCGCCGCCUUCUCAGGCCAAGAAAUUCAUCAUCAAGAGCGCCGACAUGAAGGACGACAUGCAGAAGGAGGCCGUCGAUAUUGCCAUAGCCGCGUUUGAGAAGUGUAGUGUAGAGAAGGAUGUGGCGGAGCACAUAAAGAAGGAGUUUGACACGAAGUACGGCCCUACCUGGCACUGUAUCGUCGGAAAAAAUUUCGGUUCUUAUGUGACUCACGAGACAAAUCAUUUUGUGUACUUCUAUUUGGACUCGAAAGCUGUAUUGUUGUUCAAGUCAGGUUAAGCAUGGUGGGACAUUGUCAGGUACGAUAAUGAUGAUAUGAUAACGACGAUGAUGAUUGUGUUGUUGCAAUCUAGUCGUAUGUACUAUUUGAAUACUCCUGUCCCCAACCUGUAUAUCUCUCCAAACACGAACUUUCUUCAGCUUCUACGGGACCUGUAUUUCAGUGGGUGUUCAAUUCGUCUUUUCAUUA